AUGGACGACAGCCAUCGUGAUCGUGGGAAGGCGGCAAAGAAGCGAGGCUCCUCUUCAGAAGAGGGGGAGUCGGGGCCGCACUCCCGAGGGCCAGAUUCCGAGACGGAAAGGGAGGCAAAGAAGAAGAGAAUUUCGACGGGGGAGGAGAUGGAGCUCGCCCAGCUUGCCCGUCCAGAGAUGACAGGAGCUGGAGAUGAUGAUCAGGACGAGUCCGUGACACAAACACAGACAGUUGAGGAGGAGGAUGAGUUCACGCCCAAAUCUCCAAUCAGCAUGCCCUACAUCCCCGACGAGCUAAAAGACCCGACUGCCUAUCCAGCGACACUAGCCGCCUUCGAGGAGGCCGAAGUCAAGUACAAUGCAAAAUUACGUAGCCGGUACCGCCUAUUCAGUUUGCCGUGUGAUCCCAAGGUCGAACCUUCAUGCCUGGUUCAUCAAAGGCACCUUCUCCCGAUCCGUGAACCUGCAAAAAAGGCGGUGCUUCGUGCUGCCAAAUCUAUCGUCAGGCUCUCGUCUUCUGUCGAUGGGAAGCCGCUGGCCAGCUGCUGCGGUUUGUGGGUUGACUGGGAGGAGGAGAGCAAGACAGGCAUCGUUUUGACGACCGCGCAUCUGAUCCGAUCAAAGCAUCCCACGAAAAACCACUGGGAAGGCAGAGAUGAGUACAAUACUAAAUCUAACGUUAUUGUUCACUUGCUGGAUGGCACCACUGCAGAUGGCCAUUACCUCUACCACCAGGAGCAUUAUGAUCUUGCCUUUUUUAAGGUUAGAGUGGAUGAACAGGUUGAGUUGCCCCUUUUCAGUGACAGCGUGCAUUGUGGCCAAGACGUUUUCAGGCUUGGAAGAGAUGACCAUAUGAAUUUAAGGAUAACCCAUGGUAGGGUGGAAGAUCGGAAUCCAGUAAUUUAUGAGAGGCAUCACUACAUGUACUUUCUCCAUCAAAAAAAUGAUUUUCUUUCCCAUCAAAAGAAGGAUAAUUACAUUUCCCAUGAAAAAAAUGACAAGUGUGAUGACGAUGGAGGGUCUGUCAUUGAUUUGGAUGGGAAGGUCUCUGGACUGGUUAACAAGAACCUUGAAAAUUCUUUUGUACCUUCUUGUAUCUUGGAUAAAUGCGUGGAUUUGUGGCGCAAGUUUCGGUGCUGCAUCCCUCGGCUCCAUUUAGGAAUGAAAUUUAGUUCCAUCAAGUUUCUAGACCCAAUACAAAUUGAGAACAUGUGGCGCAUGUAUAAAAUCGAGGAUGGCCUUAUUGUUAAAGAGGUGUCAAAAGAAUCACAUGCUGAGAAACUUGGAAUCUGCAUUGGUGAUAUUAUUGAACGUUUUAAUGGAGAACGCGUAUCUACUACAGUUGAGUUGGAAAACAUGUUGCUGGACAGAUGCAGGGACCAUUUAGAUCAAGGAGGUCAACUGAAUGAGAAAAUAGAUGUUUCAAUUCAAGUAUUUCACGCAGAGGAACGUCUCCGAAGAAAUAUAAGUUUGAUUGUAGAUGUAUCAGAUGGUGGAGAGGUCGUUAAAAGAAGAACUUACCCCAUCACUGCUAUAGAAGGGAUGUCUGCUUCAGGCCAAUCUAGCCAAAAUGUGGCAGGCCCAGCCCACUCCAACAAAAGAUGGUACUGGAAGCCGCCACAAAAGGAAGAAAAGUGUAGUUGGCUCAGCUGAAAUGGGAUUCUGGUCGGUUCGUUCAUCCGUAAUAUGUAGAGUUUACAAAAAUUAAACAUGUCUUUUGGCUGAAUACAUGGUGUACCCCAAAGAGAUGAUGUGUAAUAUUACUGGGGUCACAGUAACAUCUUAUGUUCAAAGAUCCUGAGAUGGUCUGUUGCUCUGUUUAACUACGUG